UUCACAGCAGGAAGUAUAUAUGCUCGUAUAAUGCUCGUCCAUUUUGUUUAUAAUUUGGUGAGAUUUUCCCACAUUAGUGUUUGAAAGUGGUGACUUUUUGCAGCGAUUGUGUGGUGUGACAAUUUCAACAAUUUCACAAAAUAAGCAGUGUUUUUAGUGCAUCAAAGUCACUCAGCUCGCCACGUCGUUGGGCCCGGUCAAUGCUGUCUUGCGUGGGAAAAUGGACAUGCGACUUCAGCUGAGGAAUUUCAACUUGGACGGGUCAGAAAUGGCAUCGGAGAGACCGCGACGAACGGGUGUGAACCGGCCGAAGGACGAACGGGUCCCACUGCUCGGUGACCAAAGAUAUCUCCCGCGGACUCACCACGAAAUCGGGAUUGAGCAUUCAGUGCAGGGAUCUGCAGAGGAGGAAUCAAGAGGCAUGGAACAUAGCCAGUCUCCAGCAUCCAGGCUUCGGCUCCGACGAACAAUGUCAUGGAAAGAUAUAUACACUACGGAUGCAAGUGCCCCAGAAGAAAUAGGAACAACAAAGCUGUUAUCCGCCAAGUACGAGAGCCUUGAUUAUGACGAGGCUGAAAACUGGCUGCACCUGAAGGAGGAGAAACUGCGUGGAACCAAGAGAUUUAGUAUUGCUAGGAAAGGACUGGCUCGUUGGUUUGUCAUGUUCUUGAUUGGUACCCUGACUGCAAUGGUAGCUGCCACUAUUGACAUCCUCAUCAGUCUCCUGGCUGGUUGGAAGUAUGGUGUUCUCUCUAGUUAUCUGGUGACACACAUCCAUGGCACAGAUAUCUUGGUGCCAUUCAUCAUAUGGCUGGCCAUUGAUGUCUUCUUCGUGUCUAUCGCAGCUGUCUUAGUUGCCUUUGGAGAGCCUGUUGCUGCUGGGAGCGGCAUACCACAGAUCAAGUGCUAUCUGAACGGCGUCAAGGUUCCGCACGUUGUCCGCAUACGAACGCUGGUCUGUAAAAUGUUUGGCGUGAUAUUCGCCGUAUCUGGGGGACUGUCUGUUGGAAAGGAAGGCCCUAUGAUACACUCGGGAUCAGUCAUAGCAGCGGGUGUGUCUCAAGGCAGGUCAACGACAUUCAAGAGGGAUUUCAAGGUAUUUAGGUAUUUCCGCUCAGACCAUGAAAAGAGAGAUUUUGUUUCGGGUGGGGCCGCGGCGGGCGUGGCAGCAGCGUUUGGUGCUCCUGUGGGCGGAGUCUUGUUUGCCUUGGAAGAGGGUGCAAGCUUCUGGAACCAGUCGCUGACAUGGAGAAUUUUCUUUGCCUCCAUGAUGUCGACAUUCACCCUCAACGUACUCCUGAGUUUUUGGCAUCGAGAACCCUGGAAUCUGUCCAAUCCAGGCCUCAUUAAUUUUGGCCCAUUUGAGGGUAUCAUGUACAACAGCUAUGAAAUACUUGUGUUUCUACUGAUGGGAGUUAUCGGCGGGUUGACUGGUGCAUUAUUUAAUUCGAUCAACUACAGACUGUCAGUCUUCAGGCUGAAAUAUGUUUACUCUCGAUACUCAUGUGUGAUAGAAGCCAUGGUUGUUGCCGCAGUGACGGUCACGUUAUCCUUUCUGUGUAUUUACUUGAGUGAUGACUGCCGGCCCAUUACCAGGGACAUGAAGAACUCGUUACAGAUGUUUUGCAAUGAUGGAGAGUACAGCGCCUCUGCCUCCUUGUUCUUCAACACGCCAGAGGAAUCAGUCAAGAGUCUUUUUCACGACAUUCAAGGAUCUUACAACGUAGCUACACUCUCUGUGUUCUGCAUUUGCUACUUUCUCUUGGCGUGUUGGACCUACGGCGUGAGCGUUCCCAGCGGUCUCUUCAUUCCCUCGCUACUGACCGGAGCCGCUUGGGGCAGGCUCGUCGGCACAGCCAUGCCCUACAUCUUCCCUCAUGCUGUGCUGUCUUCACCUGGCAUAUAUGCAUUUUUCGGAGCAGCAGCUCAACUUGGCGGUGUCGUGCGGAUGACCAUCAGCCUGACAGUGAUCCUGAUGGAGGCAACCAGCAAUAUCACCCUGGGCCUACCCCUCAUGCUCAUCAUGGUCCUGGCCAAGUGGGUGGGCGACAUCUUCAACCAUGGCCUCUACGACAUUCACAUCGAGCUGCAGAGCGUGCCGCUGCUUAACUGGGACCCGCCCCCUCUCAGCACCACCAUCCGAGCCAUGGAGGUAAUGGCUCACCCAGUAGUGACCUUCAAUGUCGUAGAACGAGUUGGGCGUAUCAUUGAUGUCCUUAAAGACCCCAGAAUGAACCACAAUGGUUUUCCUGUGGUCGACCCAUAUGUUCCAAAUGGCCUAACCUUUGGCAUCUUCAGGGGAACAAUACUGAGGUCACAGCUCAUCAUCCUGCUCAAAUGUAAAGCAUUCAGCGUCUGGCCCAACCUGUACGACCCCCAUGUCCCAGUGAGCAUUGAGGACUUCAGGGACAAUUACCCACGCUACCCGGACGUCAACGAUCUGGAGAUAUCGGAGCUGGAGAAGGACUGCAUGAUUGACCUGAGGCAGUUCAUGAAUCCCUCGCCGUACACAGUAUCUAAGGAGGCUUCCCUUCCCAGAAUUUUCCGCCUGUUCAGAGCUUUGGGUCUUCGCCAUUUAGUGGUAAUUGAUGAUUCCAAUAAGGUCAUUGGCAUCGUGACCCGCAAGGACCUGGCAAGGUACCGAAUCUGCACCAAGAAUGGUAAGGUGGGCAUUGAGGAACUACACAUAUCCUACAAUUAGCCGGGCACCGGGAGGGUCUGUCCCUAGACCUUACCUUGGUUGCCAACUCUAUGCUAUACAUGCACUGAUGCUUAAGUGGACACCAAAGGCCCAGCAGUCUAGGUCAUGUCAAAGGUCAAACAGACUUGCAGCUGCAUUGACCAGGUUCCUGCCUGUAGAGGAAUGAGUUUUAUUUCCAUGGAAACCACAGUUUUAACCACAGUUUCUUUUUUUUAUUUUAGAAUUAUGUAAGAAUUUGUGACAAAACAUCUGAAAUUUUUUAGGGGGGGGAGGAAAUAUGACUAAAUUUGAAAAUUAGCAGGCAGUUACUUAAGAAAAUAUCACCUUCAAAAAAUAGAAACUUUAUUUGAGCUCACAUCCAUUUUUGACACAUUCAAAUGUCGAAGCCCUUCGACAGAAUAAUUUGGGCGAUGCUGCCAGACGCGCUGAAUAAAUUAUUGUAGUAUUGAUGUAGAUUGAGUUGCUGUUUGUAGGACAUGCACAUGCCCUUUGGAGGCAUUACACGGGCCUUUUACCCUUGGGAAGUUUCAAAUGCCCACGAAAAUACGAUUGUUUCGAGUUGAAUCCUGAACAGAAUUUCCCGUUUAAAGACAUGUAAAGAAGCCUCUCUGUGAGGUUGCUCCUUGUCUUGUCGUCUUGAGGUUUGGGCUUUUUAUCCUUCCUUCGGUAUUAAUGACGGGGAUUCUUUGUGGUACUCUCGGUAGUGGAUACUACCUUAACCCUAACACUCCUCAGUCCUCCAACAGGUGAAGGAUUGAGGAGGGUUAGGGUUAAUUUUGUGUUUAUCAUCAACCCUACACACUAACCUAGUUUGUAGAAACGUGCAGAUUUUGAUUUCUUUAUGCCAGUCAUUCUGUGCAGUACUUAAAAGGAGAGUUUUAGUUGAUGACUUUUUUGUCAGGUGAACUGUUCUAAUAAACAAGCUUUAAGGUGAAAGUGCUUGGGUUUUUAAGGAUCAAAAUUCCAAAACCAUACACAGUACAUUCCGUGUUUCUGAACAUUGUAGUAUGUACAAUAGAGCCUAUGUAGAUCCUAUUUACAGUGUUUUAUUUAUAUGUAGCGUAUGUACAUGUAUCACUUUUAAUGACCUUUCACCCCAGAUUGUUUUAAGUAAUCCUUGACUAGAUGGCAGUAAUGUUUUUUACUGUUUUAACCGUCUGUAGUUGAAAACUUAAAAUGUGACAUUAGCCGAGUAAUGUGCUUCUCUUUGAGCUUGAGCUAGAUUCACUACGCAGCAGAUAUUGUGAAAGCACAUAGCAAUUUUUUGUUCCUCUGCCGAAGAAUUUUUUUCUCCAACAUUGCCAGUCAGCAAGCUUGAAACUGUUGCGAAAAUCAGGUUGGACUCUAUUUGACGGUGUUGAUAUUCAUUCUUGAUCUAGGUUUUGCUAGCUGUAAAAUUUUUAAGCCAUUGUACAAUGUUUAUUUAUGAUGGACGACAGCCAAGCAGCCUGCUUAAAGAGAACAAAAGGGUGGUUUUGUGGCGUUAUCUGGCAAAUAAUACAUUAUUAACCACUUUAGUACCACACAUUUUUCAUCUUUUGUUCACUUUGUUCAUGGCCUUUUUAUAGAUCCCACUUAUUGAGAUGUAGUCCAGGUUGUAUUGUGGUUUGAUGACUAGCAAAAGGGUUCAUACACAGACAUCGCUUGACAUCCUGCACACAAAUCCUGUGAGAUAGGUCUGAAAAAUUGUUUUCAAAGUAAAUAAUAUUUUCAUAAACUGCAAUGUUUUCCCCGCUAACUUUGACUUUUUGUAUCAUAAUAUCACUUUUCUAAUGGCUGAUAAACCACUGCAGGGGAAACUUAGUGGUGUCAGUUUAUGGAAGUUUUUCCAAGGAGUAGUCUGAUUUUGUAAAUGAUCACAGGUGUCGUAUAAACUAUUAAGCUUUCGAGAUUUCAAUUUGGAGGAAAUUUUAAGUGGGAUUGACAACAGGCCAUGUAUGUUACAUGCAAUAGAUUUUUCUUUCAAACUUGUCAAAACCUACUUCACUACAUCCCUAAUAUUUACAACUUUUAGCAAUUUAAGUUCUCUCUAAGUUAUUUUAAGAUUUCCCAUUACCACAAAUCAAGGAGUUGUUAAAAUUACAGCUUAAAGAUGCCUCCAUUAUUUGUUGUCUUAAUUAUUAAGCAAACGGUUGCAGCUUAAGUCUAUUUUCUGUGAGAAAGUGAAACCGUGUCCAAUGGUCAAGGUGUUUACUCUUUCAAGGUUUAAUUCAGCAAAUGCAUGUGCAUGUGUCUUCAAAUGUAACAUAAUUUUUCAGUUUCUUGCAACAUUUUAUGAACUGUCACCUAUCCACAGGUAAUUAAUUUUUACGAUAUAUAUUUAUAUAGAUUUUAAAACGAUUUUCAUUUGAAAAUUGACAGCUGCUUCCUUUUAUUAAAGAGUAUUGUGUAAACUUGCUGUUUCUUACACACCGACAAUGAAAAAUCAUGUAGGUCUCUGUAAUUUUCAGUUGUGCAGUCUUUUUCAUUUACAUUUUUAAACAUGUUCGUGACGGAAUGCAUGAUUAAUGA